AUGGACGUAGAGGACGUGGACGUGGACGUGGACAUGGACGUGGACGUAGACGUGGACGUGGACAUGGACGUGGACGUGGACAUGGACGUGGACGUGGACAUGGACGUGGACGUGGACGUGGACAUGGACGUGGACGUGGACGUGGAGGACGUGGACGUGGACGUGGAGGACGUGGACGUGGACGUGGACGUGGACGUGGACCUGGACGUGGACGUGGACGUGGACGUGGACGUGGACCUGGACGUGGACGUGGACGUGGACGUGGACGUGGACGUGGUCGUGGUCGUGGACGUGGUCGUAGACGUGGACGUGGUCGUGGACGUGGACGUGGACGUGGUCGUGGACGUGGACGUGGACGUGGAGGACGUGGACGUGGACGUGGAGGACGUGGACGUGGAGGACGUGGACGUGGACGUGGAGGACGUAGACGUGGACGUGGACGUGGACGUGGACGUGGACCUGGACGUGGACCUGGACGUGGACCUGGACGUGGACGGGACGUGGACCUGGACGUGGACGGGACGUGGACGUGGACGGGACAUGGACAAGGACGUGGACGUGGACGUGGACGUGGACGUUGACGUGGACGUGGACGUGGACGUGGUCGUGGACGUGGAGGUGGACGUGGAGGUGGACGUGGAGGUGGACGUGGAGGUGGACGUGGACGUGGAGGUGGACGUGGACGUGGACGUGGAGGUGGACGUGGACGUGGAGGUGGACGUGCAGGUGGACGUGGACGUGGACGUGGACGUGGACGUGGACGUGGACAUGGUCGUGGACGUGGACAUGGACGUGGACGUGGACAUGGUCGUGGACGUGGACGUAGACGUGGACGUGGUCGUGGACGUGGACGUUGACGUGGACGUGGACGUGGUCGUGGACGUGGAGGACUUGGACGUGGACGUGGACGUGGACGUGGACGUGGUCGUGGACGUGGACGUCGACGUGGACGUGGUCGUGGUCGUGGACGUGGUCGUAGACGUGGACGUGGUCGUGGACGUGGACGUGGACAUGGACGUGGUCGUGGUCGUGGACGUGGACGUGGACGUGGAGGACGCGGACGUGGACGUGGAGGACGUGGACGUGGAGGACGUGGACGUGGACGUGGAGGACGUGGACGUGGACGUGGACAUGGCCUUGGUCGUUGUCGUGGACGUGGAGGACGUGGACGUGGACGUGGAGGACGUGGACGUGGUCGUGGACGUGCACGUUGACGUUGACGUAGACGUGGUCGUGGACGUGGAGGACUUGGACGUGGACAUGUACGUGGACGUGGACGUGGACGUGGACGUGGACGUGGUCGUGGACGUGGACGUGGACGUGGACGUGGACGUGGACAUGGUCGUGGACGUGGACGUGGACGUGGACGUGGACGUGGACGUGGAUGUGGACAUGGACGUGGACGUGGACGUGGACGUGGACGUGGACGUGGACGUGGACGUGGAGGACGUGGACGUGGACGUGGAGGACGUGGACGUGGUCGUGGACGGGGAGGACUUGGACGUGGACAUAAACGUGGACAUGGUCGUGGAUGUGGACGUGGACAUGGUCGUGGAGGUGGACGUUGACGUGGACGUGGACAUGGACGUGGACGUGGACGUGGACGUGGACGUGGACGUGGACGUAGUCGUGGACGUGGACGUGGACGUGGACGUGGACGUGGACGUGGACGUGGACAUGGACGUGGACGUGGACGUGGACAUGGUCGUGGACGUGGACGUGGACGUGGACGUGGAGAUGGACGUGGACGUGGACAUGGUCGUGGACGUGGACGUGGACGUGGACGUGGAGAUGGACGUGGACGUGGACGUGGUCAUCGACGUGGACGUGGACGUGGACAUGGACGUGGACGUGGACGUGGACGUAGAUGUGGAGGACGUGGACGUGGUCGUGGACGUGGACGUGGACAUGGACGUGGACGUGGACGUGGACGUGGAGGACGUGGACGUGGAUGUGGACGUGGACGUGGACCUGGACGUGGACGUGGACGUGGGCGCGGACGUGGACUUGGACCUGGACUUGGACGUGGACGUGGACGUGGUCGUGGACGUGGUCAUGGACGUGGAGGACUUGGACGUGGACGAGGACGUGGACGUGGUCGUGGACGUGGACGUGGACCUGGACGUGGACGUGGUCGUGGACGUGGUCAUGGUCGUGGACGUGGAGGACGUGGUCGUGGACGUGGACGUGGACGUGGACGUGGACGUGGACGUGGUCGUGGACGUGGUCGUAAGACGUGACGUGGACGUGGUCGUCCACGACGUGGACGUGGACAUGGACGUGGACAUGGACGUGGUCGUGGACAUGGAGAACAUGGACGUGGACGUAGAUGUGGACGUGGACCUGGACGUGGACGUGGACGUGGACGUGGUCGUAGACGUGGACGUGGUCGUGGAGGUCGUGGACGUGGACGUGGUCGUGGACGUGGACGUGGACGUGGACUUGGACGUGGACGUGGACGUGGUCGUGGACGUUGAGGACUUGGACGUGGACGUGGACGUGGACGUGGACCUAAAGGUGGUCGUGGACGUGGACGUAGUCGUGGACGUGGACGUGGAGGACGUGGACGUGGACGUGGACGUGGAUGUGGACGUGGUCGACUUGGACUUGGACGUGGAGGACUUGGACGUGGACGUCGAGGACAUGGUCGUGGACGUGGUCAUGGAUGUGGAUGUGGACGUCGACGUGGACGUGGUGGAGGACUUCGACGUGGACGUGGAGGACUUCGACGUGGACGUGGAGGUGGACGUGGACGUGGACGCAGACGUGGUCGUGGACGUGGACGCGGACGUGGACCUGGACUUGGACGUGGACGUGGACGUAGACGUGGUCGUGGACGUGGACGUGGACGUGGUCGUGGACGUGGACGUGGAGGACGUGGACGUGGACGUGGAGGACGUGGACGUGGACGUGGACGUGGUCGUGGACGUGCACGUUGACGUGGACGUGGACGUGGACGUGGACGACAUGGACGUGGACGUGGACGUGGACGUGGACGUGGACCUGGACGUGGACCUGGACGUGGACCUGGACGUGGACGUGGACGUGGACGAGGACAUGGACGUGGACGUGGACGAGGACAUGGACGUGGACAUGGACGUGGUCGUGGACGUGGAGGACAUGGACGUGGACAGGGAUGUGGACGUGGACCUGGACGUGGACGUGGACGUGGUCGUGGACUCGGACGUGGUCGUGGAGGUCGUGGACGUGGACGUGGACGUGGUCGUGGACGUGGACGUGGACGUGAAUGUGGACUUGGACGUGGACGUGGAGGACGUGGACGUGGAGGACGUGGACGUGGACGUGGAGGACGUAGACGUGGACGUGGACGUGGACGUGGACCUGGACGUGGACCUGGACGUGGACCUGGACGUGGACGGGACGUGGACCUGGACGUGGACGGGACGUGGACGUGGACGGGACAUGGACAAGGAUGUGGACGUGGACGUGGACGUGGAUGUUGACGUGGACGUGGACGUGGACGUGGACGUGGUCGUGGACGUGGAGGUGGACGUGGAGGUGGACGUGGAGGUGGACGUGGAGGUGGACGUGGACGGAGAGGUGGACGUGGACGUGGACGUGGAGGUGGACGUGGACGUGGAGGUGGACGUGGAGGUGGACGUGGACGUGGACGUGGACGUGGACGUGGACGUGGACAUGGUCGUGGACGUGGACAUGGACGUGGACGUGGACAUGGUCGUGGACGUGGACGUAGACGUGGACGUGGUCGUGGACGUGGACGUUGACGUGGACGUGGACGUGGUCGUGGACGUGGAGGACUUGGACGUGGACGUGGACGUGGAUGUGGACGUGGUCGUGGACGUGGACGUCGACGUAGACGUGGUCGUGGUCGUGGACGUGGUCGUAGACGUGGACGUGGUCGUGGACGUGGACGUGGACAUGGACGUGGUCGUGGUCGUGGACGUGGACGUGGACGUGGAGGACGUGGACGUGGACGUGGAGGACGUGGACGUGGAGGACGUGGACGUGGACGUGGAGGACGUGGACGUGGACGUGGACAUGGACGUGGUCGUUGUCGUGGACGUGGACGUGGACGUGGACGUGGAGGACGUGGACGUGGACGUGGAGGACGUGGACGUGGUCGUGGACGUGCACGUUGACGUUGACGUAGACGUGGUCGUGGACGUGGAGGACUUGGACGUGGACAUGUACGUGGACGUGGACGUGGACGUGGACGUGGACGUGGUCGUGGACGUGGACGUGGACGUGGACGUGGACGUAAACAUGGUCGUGGACGUGGACGUGGACGUGGACGUGGACGUGGACGUGGACAUGGACGUGGACGUGGACGUGGACGUGGACGUGGACGUGGACGUGGAGGACGUGGACGUGGACGUGGAGGACGUGGACGUGGUCGUGGACGGGGAGCACUUGGACGUGGACAUAAACGUGGACAUGGUCGUGGAUGUGGACGUGGACAUGGUCGUGGAGGUGGACGUGGACGUGGACGUGGACAUGGAAGUGGACGUAGACGUGGACGUGGACGUGGACGUGGACGUAGUCGUGGACGUGGACGUGGACGUGGACGUGGACGUGGACGUGGACGUGGACGUGGACAUGGACGUGGACGUGGACGUGGACGUGGACAUGGUCGUGGACGUGGACGUGGACGUGGACGUGGAGAUGGACGUGGACGUGGAUGUGGACAUGGUCGUGGACGUGGACGUGGACGUGGACGUGGAGAUGGACGUGGACGUGGACGUGGUCAUCGACGUGGACGUGGACGUGGACAUGGACGUGGACGUGGACGUGGACGUAGAUGUGGAGGACGUGGACGUGGUCGUGGACGUGGACGUGGACAUGGACGUGGACGUGGACGUGGACGUGGAGGACGUGGACGUGGACGUGGAUGUGGACGUGGACGUGGACCUGGACGUGGACGUGGACGUGGGCGCGGACGUGGACUUGGACCUGGACUUGGACAUGGACGUGGACGUGGUGGACAUGGUCGUGGACGUGGACGUGGACGUGGACGUGGUCGUGGUCGUGGACGUGGUCGUAGACGUGGACGUGGUCGUCCACGACGUGGACGUGGACAUGGACGUGGACAUGGACGUGGUCGUGGACAUGGAGGACAUGGACGUGGACGUAGAUGUGGACGUGGACCUGGACGUGGACGUGGACGUGGACGUGGUCGUAGACGUGGACGUGGUCGUGGAGGUCGUGGACGUGGACGUGGUCGUGGACGUGGACGUGGACGUGGACUUGGACGUGGACGUGGACGUGGACGUGGUCGUGGACGUUGAGGACUUGGACGUGGACGUGGACGUGGACGUGGACCUAAAGGUGGUCGUGGACGUGGACGUAGUCGUGGACGUGGACGUGGAGGACGUGGACGUGGACGUGGACGUGGAUGUGGACGUGGUCGAUGUGGACGUGGAUGUGGAUGUGGACGUGGACGUGGUCGUGGACGUGGACGUUGACGUGCACGUGGACGUGGACGUGGUUGUGGACAUGGAGGACUUGGACUUGGACGUGGAGGACUUGGACGUGGACGUCGAGGACAUGGUCGUGGACGUGGUCAUGGAUGUGGAUGUGGACGUCGACGUGGACGUGGUGGAGGACUUCGACGUGGACGUGGAGGACUUCGACGUGGACGUGGAGGUGGACGUGGACGUGGACGUGGACGCAGACGUGGUCGUGGACGUGGACGCGGACGUGGACCUGGACUUGGACGUGGACGUGGACGUAGACGUGGUCGUGGACGUGGACGUGGACGUGGUCGUGGACGUGGACGUGGAGGACGUGGACGUGGACGUGGAGGACGUGGACGUGGACGUGAACGUGGUCGUGGACGUGCACGUUGACGUGGACGUGGACGUGGACGUGGACGACAUGGACGUGGACGUGGACGUGGACGUGGACGUGGACCUGGACGUGGACCUGGACGUGGACCUGGACGUGGACGUGGACGUGGACGAGGACAUGGACGUAGACGUGGACGAGGACAUGGACGUGGACAUGGACGUGGUCGUGGACGUGGAGGACAUGGACGUGGACAGGGAUGUGGACGUGGACCUGGACGUGGACGUGGACGUGGACGUGGUCGUGGACGUGGACGUGGUCGUGGAGGUCGUGGACGUGGACGUGGACGUGGUCGUGGACGUGGACGUGGACGUGGACGUGAAUGUGGACUUGGACGUGGACGUGGACGUGGUCGUGGACGUGGAGGACUUGGACGUGGACGUGGACGUGGACGUGGACCUAAAGGUGGUCGUGGACGUGGACGUGGUCGUGGACAUGGACGUGGAGGACAUGGACGGGGACGUGGACGUGGACGUGGACGUGGACCUGGACCUGGACUUGGACGUGGACGUCGAUGAUGUGGACGUGGAUGUGGAUGUGGACGUGGACGUGGUCGUGGACGUGGACGUUGACGUGGAUGUGGACGUGGUUGUGGACAUGGAGGACUUGGACUUGGACGUGGAGGACUUGGACGUGGACGUCGAGGACAUGGUCGUGGACGUGGUCAUGGAUGUGGACGAGGACGUGGACGUGGUGGAGGACGUGGACGUGGACCUGGAGGACUUCGACGUGGACGUGGACGUGGACGUGGACGUGGACGCGGAUGUGGUCGUGGACGUGGACGCGGACGUGGACCUGGACUUGGACGUGGACGUGGACGUAGACGUGGUCGUGGACGUGGACGUGGUCGUGGACGUGGACGUGGAGGACGUGGACGUGGACGUGGAGGACGUGGACGUGGACGUGGACGUGGUCGUGGACGUGCACGUUGACGUGGACGUGGACGUGGACGUGGACAUGGUCGUGGACGUGGACGUGGACGUGGACAUGGACGUGGACGUAGACGUCGACGUGGACGUGGACAUGGACGUGGACGUGGACGUGGACAUGGUUGUGGACGUGGACGUGGACGUGGAAGUGGACAUGGACGUGGACGUGGACGUGGACGUGGACAUGGACGUGCACGUGGACGUGGGCGUGGACGUGAACAUGGUCAUGGACGUGGACGUGGACGUGGACGUGGACCUGGACGUGGACGUGGACGUGGACCUGGACGUGGACGUGGACGUGGACGUGGACGAGGACAUGGACGUGGACAUGGACGUGGACGUAGACGUGGACGUGGACGAGGACAUGGACGUGGACAUGGUCGUGGACGUGGACGUGGACGUGGACGUGGACGUGGACAUGGACGUGGACGUGGACGUGGACGUGGACGUGGACGUGGACGUGGUCGUGGACGUGGACGUGGACGUGGACGUGGACGUGGACGUGGACGUGGACAUGGACGUGGACGUGGACGUGGACGUGGACGUGGACGUGGACAUGGACGUGGACAUGGACGUGGACGUGGACGUGGACGUGGACAUGGACGUGGACGUGGACAUGGUCGUGGAAGUGGACGUGGACGUGGUCGUGGAUGUGGAGGACUUGGACGUGGACAUGGACGUGGACGUGGUCGUGGACGUGGACGUCGACGUGGACGUGGUCGUGGUCGUGGACUUGGUCGUAGACGUGGACGUUGUCGUGGACGUGGACGUGGACAUGGACAUGGUCGUGGUCGUGGACGUGGACGUGGACGUGGAGGACGUGGACGUGGACGUGGAGGACGUGGACGUGGAGGACAUGGACGUGGACGUGGAGGACGUGGACGUGGACGUGGACGUGGACGUGGACGUGGACGUGGAGGACGUGGACGUGGACGUGGACGUGGACGUGGACCUGGACGUGGACGUGGACGUGGACGUGGACAUCGACGUGGACGUGGACGUGGACGUGGACGUGGACGUGGAUGUGGACGUGGACGUGGACAUGGACGUGGACGUGGACGUGGACAUGGACGUGGACAUGGACAUUGACGGGGACAUGGACGUGGACGUGGACGUGGACGAGGACAUGGACGUGGACAUGGACGUGGACGUGGACGUGGACGUGGACGUGGACGUGGACAUGGACGUGGACGUGGACGUGGACGAGGACGUGGACGUGGACGUGGCCGUGGACGUGGACGUAGCUGUGGACGUGGACGUGGUUGUGGACAUGGACGUGGACGUGGCUAUGGACGUGGUCGUGGACGUGGACGUGGACGUGGACGUGCACGUGCACGUGCACGUGGACGUGGACGUGGAGGUGGACGUGGACGUGGACAUGGACGUGGACGUGGACGUGGACGUGGACGUCGACGUGGACGUGGACGUGGACGUGGACGUGGACGUGGACGUGGACGUGGACGUGGUCGUGGACGUGGACGUGGACAUGGACGUGGACAUGGACGUGGACGUGGACGUGGACGUGGACAUGGACGUGGACGUGGACAUGGACGUGGACAUGGACGUGGACGUGGACGUGGACGUGGACGUGGACGUGGACAUGGACGUGGACGUGGACGUGGACAUGGACGUGGACGUGGACAUGGACGUGGACGUGGACGUGGACAUGGUCGUGGACAUGGACGUGGACGUUGACGUGGACGUGGACGUGGACGUGGACGUGGUCGUGGACGUGGAGGACUUGGACGUGGACAUGGACGUGGACAUGGACGUGGUCGUGGACGUGGACGUCGACGUGGACGUGGUCGUGGACGUGGUCGUAGACGUGGACGUGGUCGUGGACUUGGAUGUGGACAUGGACGUGGUCGUGGUCGUGGACGUGGACGUGGAGGACGUGGACGUGGACGAGGAGGACGUGGAUGUGGAGGACGUGGACGUGGACGUGGAGGACGUGGACGUGGAGGACGUGGACGUGGACGUGGACGUGGAGGACGUGGACGUGGACGUGGACGUGGACGUGGACGUGGACGUGGACGUUGACGUGGACGUGGACAUGGACAUCGACGUGGACGUGGACGUGGACGUGGACGUGGACAUGGACGUGGACGUGGACGUGGACGAGGACAUGGACGUGGACAUGGACGUGGACGUGGACGUGGACGAGGACAUGGACGUGGACAUGGUCGUGGACGUGGACGUGGACGUGGACGUGGACGUGGACAUGGACGUGGACGUGGCUGUGGACGUGGACGUGGACGUGGACGUGGACGUGGUCGUGGACGUGGACGUGGACGUGGACGUGGACCUGGACAUGGACGUGGACAUGGACGUGGACAUGGACGUGGACGUGGUCGUGGACGUGGACGUGGACGUGGACGUGGACCUGGACGUGGACGUGGACGUGGACAUGGUCUUGGACGUGGACGUGGACGUGGACGUGGUCGUGGACGUUGACGUGGACGUGGACGUGGACGUGGACGUGGACGUGGAGGACUUGGACGUGGACAUGGACGUGGACGUGGACGUGGUCGUGGACGUGGACGUCGACGUGGACGUGGUCGUGGUCGUGGACGUGGUCGUAGACGUGGACGUGGUCGUGGACGUGGACAUGGACAUGGACGUGGUCGUGGUCAUGGACGUGGACGUGGACGUGGAGGACGUGGACGUGGACGUGGAGGACGUGGACGUGGAGGACGUGGACGUGGACGUGGACGUGGAGGACGUGGACGUGGACGUGGACGUGGACGAGGACGUGGACGUGGACGUGGACGUGGACGUGGAGGACGUGGACGUGGACGUGGAGGACGUGGACGUGGAGGACGUGAACGUGGACGUGGAGGACGUGGACGUGGACGUGGUCAUGGACGUGCACGUUGUCGUUGACGUGGACGUGGUCGUGGACGUGGAAGACUUGGACGUGGACAUGGACAUGGACGUGGACGUGCACGUUGACGUUGACGUGGACGUGGUCGUGGACGUGGACGUGGACGUGGACGUGGACAUGGACGUGGACGUGGACGUGGUCGUGGACGUGGACGUGGACAUGGACGUGGACAUGGACGUGGACGUGGACGUGGACGUGGACGUGGUCGUGGACGUGAACGUGGACGUGGACGUGGACCUGGACGUCGACGUGGACAUGGACGUGGACGUGGACAUGGACGUGGACGUGGACGUGGACAUAGAGGUGGUCGUGGUCGUGGAUGUGGACAUGGUCGUGGACGUGGAUAUGGACGUGGACAUGGUCGUGGACGUGGACAUGGACGUGGACAUGGUCGUGGACAUGGACGUGGACGUGAACGUGGACAUGGACGUGGACAUGGACGUGGACAUGGACGUGGACGUGGACGUGGACAUGGACGUGGACGUGGACAUGGACGUGGACAUGGACGUGGACGUGGACGUGGACGUGGACAUGGACGAGGACAUGGACAUUGACGUGGACAUGGACGUGGACGUGGACGUGGACGUGGACGUGGACAUGGACGUGGACGUGGACGUGGACAUGGACGUGGACAUGGACGUGGACAUGGACAUGGACGUGGACAUGGACGUGGACGUGGACGUGGACAUGGACGUGGACAUGGACGUUGACAUGGACGUGGACGUGGACGUGGACGUGGACAUGGACGUGGAUAUGGACGUGGACGUGGACGUGGACGUGGACGUGGACAUGGACGUGGACAUGGACGUGGACGUGGACAUGGACGAGGACAUGGACAUUGACGUGGACAUGGACGUGGACGUGGACGUGGACAUGGACAUGGACAUGGACGUGGACGUGGACAUGGACGUGGACAUGGACGUGGACGUGGACGUGGACGUGGACAUGGACAUGGACGUGGACGUGGACGUGGACAUGGACGUGGACAUGGACGUGGACAUGGACGUGGACAUGGACGUUGACAUGGACGUGGACGUGGACGUGGACGUGGACAUGGACGUGGAUAUGGACGUGGACAUGGACGUGGACAUGGACGUGGACAUGGACGUGGACGUGGACAUGGACGAGGACAUGGACAUUGACGUGGACAUGGACGUGGACGUGGACGUGGACGUGGACAUAGAGGUGGUCGUGGUCGUGGAUGUCGACACAGUCGUGGACGUGGACAUGGACGUGGACAUGGUCGUGGACGUGGAUAUGGACGUGGACAUGGUUGUGGACAUGGACGUGAACGUGGACGUGAACGUGGACAUGGACGUGGACGUGGACAUGGACGUGGACGUGGACGUGGACAUGGACGUGGACAUGGACGUGGACGUGGACGUAGACAUGGAGGUGGACGUGGACGUGGACAUGGACGUGGACAUGGACGUGGACAUGGACGUGGACAUGGACGUGGACGUGGACGUUGACAUGGACGUGGAUAUGGACAUGGACAUGGACGUGGAUAUGGACAUGGACAUGGACGUGGACAUGGACGUGGACAUGGACGUGGACAAGGACGUGGACAUGGACGUGGACAUGGACGUGGACAUGGACGUGGACAUGGACGUGGACAUGGACGUGGACAUGGACGUGGACAUGGACGUGGACGUGGACGUGGACGUGGACGUGGACAUGGACGUGGACGUGGACAUGGAUGUGGACGUGGACGUGGACGUGGACGUGGACAUGGACGUGGACAUGGACGUGGACAUGGACAUGGACGUGGACAUGGACGUGGACGUGGACAUGGACGUGGACGUGGACAUGGACGUGGACAUGGACAUGGACGUGGACAUGGACGUGGACGUGGACGUGGACGUGGACAUAGAGGUGGUCGUGGUCGUGGAUGUGGACAUAGUCGUGGACGUGGACAUGGACGUGGACAUGGUCGUGGACGUGGACAUGGACGUGGACAUGGUUGUGGACAUGGACGUGGACGUGGACGUGAACGUGGACAUGGACGUGGACAUGGACCUGGACAUGGACGUGGACGUGGACAUGGACGUGGACAUGGACGUGGACGUGGACGUGGACAUGGAUGUGGACAUGGACGUGGACAUGGACGUGGACAUGGACGUGGACAUGGACGUGAACAUGGACGUGGACAUGGACGUUGACAUGGACGUGGACGUGGACGUGGACAUGGACGUAGAUAUGGACAUGGACAUGGACGUGGACAUGGACGUGGACAUGGACGUGGACAUGGACGUGGACAUGGACGUGGACAUGGACGUGGACAUGGACGUGGACAUCGACGUGGACAUGGACGUGGACAUGGACGUGGACAUGGACGUGGACGUGGACAUGGACGUGGACGUGGACGUGGACGUGGACAUGGACGUGGACGUGGACGUGGACAUGGACGUGGACGUGGAGAUGGACGUGGACGUGGACGUGGACAUGGACAUGGACAUGGACAUGGACGUGGACAUGGACGUGGACAUGGACAUGGAUCUGGACGUGGACGUGGACGUGGACGUGGACGUGGACGUGGACGUGGACAUGGACGUGGACGAGGACAUGGACGUGGACAUGGACGUGGACGUGGACGUGGACAUGGACGUGGACAUGGACGUGGACAUGGACGUGAUCGUGGACAUGGACGUGGACAUGGACGUGGACAUGGAUAUGGACGUGGACAUGGACGUGGACAUGGACGUGGACAUGGACGUGGACAUGGACGUGGACGUGGACGUGGACGUGGACGUGGACAUAGAGGUGGUCGUGGUCGUGGAUGUGGACAUGGUCGUGGACGUGGACAUGGCCGUGGACAUGGUCGUGGACGUGGACAUGGACGUGGACAUGGUCGUGGACAUGGACGUAGACGUGGACGUGAACGUGGACAUGGACGUGGACAUGGACGUGGACAUGGACGUCGACGUGGACAUGGACGUGGACGUGGACGUGGACAUGGACGUGGACAUGGACGUGGACAUGGACGUGGACAUGGACGUGGACAUGGACGUGGACAUGGACGUUGACAUGGACGUGGACAUGGACGUGGACGUGGACAUGGACGUGGAUAUGGACGUGGACAUGGACGUGGACAUGGACGUGGACAUGGACGUGGACAUUGACGUGGACAUGGACGUGGACAUGGACGUGGACAUGGACGUGGACAUGGACGUGGACAUGGACAUGGACGUGGACAUGGACGUGGACGUGGACGUGGACGUGGACAUGGACGUGGUCGUGGUCGUGGAUGUGGACAUUGUCGUGGACGUGGACAUGGACGUGGACAUGGUCGUGGACGUGGACAUGGACGUGGACAUGGUCGUGGACAUGGACGUGGACGUGGACGUGAACGUGGACAUGGACAUGGAUAUGGACGUGGACAUGGACGUGGACAUGGACGUGAACAUGGAUGUGGACGUGGACGUGGACGUGGACAUGGACGUGGACAUGGACGUGGACAUGGAUAUGGACGUGGACAUGGACGUGGACAUGGACGUGGACAUGGACGUGGACAUGGACGUGGACGUGGACGUGGACGUGGACGUGGACAUAGAGGUGGUCGUGGUCGUGGAUGUGGACAUGGUCGUGGACGUGGACAUGGCCGUGGACAUGGUCGUGGACGUGGACAUGGACGUGGACAUGGUCGUGGACAUGGACGUAGACGUGGACGUGAACGUGGACAUGGACGUGGACAUGGACGUGGACAUGGACGUCGACGUGGACAUGGACGUGGACGUGGACGUGGACAUGGACGUGGACAUGGACGUGGACAUGGACGUGGACAUGGACGUGGACAUGGACGUUGACAUGGACGUGGACAUGGACGUGGACGUGGACAUGGACGUGGAUAUGGACGUGGACAUGGACGUGGACAUGGACGUGGACAUGGACGUGGACAUUGACGUGGACAUGGACGUGGACAUGGACGUGGACAUGGACGUGGACAUGGACGUGGACAUGGACAUGGACGUGGACAUGGACGUGGACGUGGACGUGGACGUGGACAUGGACGUGGUCGUGGUCGUGGAUGUGGACAUUGUCGUGGACGUGGACAUGGACGUGGACAUGGUCGUGGACGUGGACAUGGACGUGGACAUGGUCGUGGACAUGGACGUGGACGUGGACGUGAACGUGGACAUGGAGGUGGACAUGGACGUGGACAUGGACGUGGACAUGGACGUGGACAUGGACGUGGACGUGGACGUGGACGUGGACAUGGACGUAAGCAUGGACGUGGACAUGGACGUGGACAUGGACGUUGACAUGGACGUGGACGUGGACGUGGACGUGGACGUGGACAUGGACGUGGACGUGGACGUGGACAUGGACGUGGACGUGGACAUGGACGUGGAUAUGGACGUGGACAUGGACGUGGACAUGGACGUGGACAUGGACGUGGACAUUGACGUGGACAUGGACGUGGACAUGGACGUGGACAUGGACGUGGACAUGGACGUGGACAUGGACAUGGACGUGGACAUGGACGUGGACGUGGACGUGGACGUGGACAUGGACGUGGUCGUGGUCGUGGAUGUGGACAUUGUCGUGGACGUGGACAUGGACGUGGACAUGGUCGUGGACGUGGACAUGGACAUGGUCGUGGACAUGGACGUGGACGUGGACGUGAACGUGGACAUGGACGUGGAUAUGGACGUGGACAUGGACGUGGACAUGGACGUGAACAUGGAUGUGGACGUGGACGUGGACGUGGACAUGGACGUGGACAUGGACGUGGACGUGGACGUGGACAUGGACGUGGACAUGGACGUGGACAUGGACGUGGACAUGGACGUUGAUAUGGACGUGGACGUGGACGUGGGCGUGGACAUGGACGUGGAUAUGGAAGUGGACAUGGACGUGGACAUGGACGUGGACAUGGACGUGGACGUGGACGUGGACGUGGACAUGGACGUGGACAUGGACAUGGACGUGGACAUGGACGUGGACGUGGACGUGGACAUGGACAUAGAGGUGGUCGUGGUCGUGGAUGUGGACAUAGUCGUGGACGUGGACAUGGACGUGGACAUGGUCGUGGACGUGGACAUGGACGUGGACAUGGUUGUGGACAUGGACGUGGACGUGGACGUGAACGUGGACAUGGACGUGGACAUGGACCUGGACAUGGACGUGGACGUGGACAUGGACGUGGACAUGGACGUGGACGUGGACGUGGACGUGGACAUGGAUGUGGACAUGGACGUGGACAUGGACGUGGACAUGGACGUGGACAUGGACGUGAACAUGGACGUGGACAUGGACGUUGACAUGGACGUGGACGUGGACGUGGACAUGGACGUGGAUAUGGACAUGGACAUGGACGUGGACAUGGACGUGGACAUGGACGUGGACAUGGACGUGGACAUGGACGUGGACAUGGACGUGGACAUGGACGUGGACAUGGACGUGGACAUGGACGUGAACAUGGACGUGGACAUGGACGUGGACGUGGACGUGGACGUGGACAUGGACGUGGACAUGGACGUGGACGUGGACAUGGACGUGGACGUGGACGUGGACGUGGACGUGGACAUGGACGUGGACAUGGACGUGGACAUGGACGUGGACAUGGACGUGGACAUGGACGUGGACAUGGACGUGGACAUGGACGUGGACAUGGACGUGGACAUGGACGUGGACAUGGACGUGGACAUGGACGUGGACAUGGACGUGGACGUGGACGUGGACGUGGACAUGGACGUGGAUGUGGACGUGGACGUGGACGUGGACAUGGACGUGGACAUGGACGUGGACAUGGACGUGGACGUGGACAUGGACGUAGACGUGGACGUGGACAUGGACAUGGACGUGGACGUGGACGUGGACAUGGACAUGGACAUAGACGUGGACGUGGACGUGGACGUGGACGUGGACGUGGACGUGGACAUGGACGUGGACGUGGACAUGGACGUGGACAUGGACGUGGACGUGGACGUGGACAUGGACGUGGACGUGGACGUGGACAUGGACGUGGACGUGGACAUGGACGUGGACAUGGACGUGGACAUGGACGUGGACAUGGAUAUGGACGUGGACAUGGACGUGGACAUGGACGUGGACAUGGACGUGGACAUGGACAUGGACGUGGACAUGGACGUGGACGUGGACGUGGAGGUGGACAUAGAGGUGGUCGUGGUCGUGGAUGUGGACAUGGUCGUGGACGUGGACAUGGCCGUGGACAUGGUCGUGGACGUGGACAUGGAUGUGGACAUGGUCGUGGACAUGGACGUGGACGUGGACGUGAACGUGGACAUGGACGUGGACAUGGACGUGGACAUGGACGUGGACAUGGACGUGGACAUGGACUUGGACGUGGACGUGGACGUGGACGUGGACAUGGACGUGGACAUGGACGUAGACAUGGACGUGGACAUGGACGUGGACAUGGACGUGGACAUGGACGUGGACAUGGACGUGGACAUGGACGUUGACAUGGACGUGGACGUGGACGUGGACGUGGACAUGGACGUGGACGUGGACGUGGACAUGGACGUGGACAUGGACGUGGACAUGGACGUGGACAUGGACGUGGACAUGGACGUGGACAUGGACGUGGACAUGGACGUGGACAUGGACGUGGACAUGGACGUGGACAUGGACGUGGACAUGGACGUGGACAUGGACGUGGACGUGGACAUGGACGUGGACAUGGACGUGGACGUGGACGUGGACGUGGACAUGGACGUGGACAUGGACGUAGACAUGGACGUGGACAUGGACGUGGACAUGGACGUGGACAUGGACGUGGACAUGGACGUGGACAUGGACGUGGACAUGGACGUGACAUGGACACGUGGACACGUGGACGUGGACGUGGACGUGGACGUGGACGUGGACGUGGACAUGGACGUGGACAUGGACGCGGACAUGGACGUGGACAUGGACGUGGACAUGGACGUGGACAUGGACGUGGACAUGGACGUGGACAUGGACGUGGACAUGGACGUGGACAUGGACGUGGACAUGGACGUGGACAUGGACGUGGACAUGGACGUGGACAUGGACGUGGACGUGGACAUGGACGUGGACGUGGACGUGGACGUGGACAUGGACGUAGACAUGGACGUCGACAUGGACGUGGACGUGGACGUGGACAUGGACGUGGACGUGGACGUGGACAUGGAAAUGGACGUGGACAUGGACGUGGACAUGGACGUGGACAUGGACAUGGAUAUGGACGUGUACGUGGACGUGGACGUGGACGUGGACGUGGACGUGGACGUGGACAUGGACGUGGACGUGGACGUGGACAUGGACGUGGACAUGGACAUGGACGUGGACAUGGACGUGGACAUGGACGUGGACAUGGAUAUGGACGUGGACAUGGACGUGGACAUGGACGUGGACAUGGACGUGGACAUGGACAUGGACGUGGACAUGGACGUGGACGUGGACGUGGACAUAGAGGUGGUCGUGGUCGUGGAUGUGGACAUGGUCGUGGACGUGGACAUGGCCGUGGACAUCGUCGUGGACGUGGACAUGGAUGUGGACAUGGUCGUGGACAUGGACGUGGACGUGGACGUGAACGUGGACAUGGACGUGGACAUGGACGUGGACAUGGACGUGGACAUGGACAUGGAUGUGGACAUGGUCGUGGACAUGGACGUGGACGUGGACGUGAACGUGGACAUGGACGUGGACAUGGACGUGGACAUGGAUGUGGACAUGGUCGUGGACAUGGACGUGGACAUCGACGUGAACGUGGACAUGGACGUCGACAUGGACGUGGACGUGGACGUGGACAUGGACGUGGACAUGGACGUAGACAUGGACGUGGACAUGGACGUGGACAUGGACGUGGACAUGGACGUGGACAUGGACGUGGACAUGGACGUUGACAUGGACGUGGACGUGGACGUGGACGUGGACAUGGACGUGGAUAUGGACGUGGACAUGGACGUGGACAUGGACGUGGACAUGGAUGUGGACAUGGACGUGGACAUGGACGUGGACAUGGACGUGGACAUGGACGUGGACAUGGACGUGGACAUGGACGUGGACAUGGACGUGGACAUGGACGUGGACGUGGACGUGGACAUGGACGUGGACGUCGACAUGGACGAUAUGGACGUGGACAUGGACGUCGACGUGGACAUGGACAUGGACGUGGAUAUGGACAUGGACGUGGACGUGGACAUGGAAAUGGACGUGGACAUGGACGUGGACAUGGACGUAGACAUGGACGUGGACAUGGACGUGGACAUGGACGUGGACAUGGACGUGGACAUGGACGUGGACAUGGACGUGGACAUGGACGUGGACAUGGACGUGGACGUGGACGUGGACGUGGACGUGGACAUGGACGUGGACAUGGACGUGGACGUGGACGUGGACAUGGACGUGGACAUGGACGUGGACAUGGACGUUGACAUGGACGUUGACAUGGACGUGGACGUGGACGUGGACGUGGACAUGGACGUGGACAUAGACGUGGACAUGGACGUGGACAUGGACGUGGACGUGGACGUGGACAUAGAUGUGGUCGUGGUCGUGGACGUGGACAUGGUCGUGGACGUGGACAUGGACGUGGACAUGGUCGUGGACGUGGACAUGGACGUGGACAUGGUCGUGGACAUAGACGUGGGCGUGGACGUGAACGUGGACAUGGACGUGGACAUGGACGUGGACAUGGACGUGGACGUGGACGUGGACAUGGACGUGGACGUGGACAUGGACAUGGACGUGGACAUGGACGUGGACAUGGACGUGGACAUGGACAUGGAUAUGGACGUGGACGUGGACGUGGACGUGGACGUGGACGUGCACAUGGACGUGGACGUGGACAUGGACGUGGACAUGGACGUGGACGUGGACGUGGACAUGGACGUGGACGUGGACGUGGACAUGGACGUGGACGUGGACAUGGACGUGGACAUGGACGUGGACAUGGACGUAGACAUGGAUAUGGAUGUGGACAUGGACGUGGACAUGGACGUGGACAUGGACGUGGACAUGGACAUGGACGUGGACAUGGACAUGGACGUGGACGUGGACGUGGACAUAGAGGUGGUCGUGGUCGUGGAUGUGGACAUGGUCGUGGACGUGGACAUGGAUGUGGACAUGGUCGUGGACAUGGACGUGGACGUGGACGUGAACGUGGACAUGGACGUGGACAUGGACGUGGACAUGGACGUGGACGUGGAUAUGGACGUGGACAUGGACGUGGACGUGGACGUGGACGUGGACAUGGACGUGGACAUGGACGUAGACAUGGACGUGGACAUGGACGUGGACAUGGAUGGGGACAUGGACGUGGACAUGGACGUGGACAUGGACGUUGACAUGGACGUGGACGUGGACGUGGACGUGGACGUGGACAUGGACGUGGAUAUGGACGUGGACAUGGACGUGGACAUGGACGUGGACAUGGACGUGGACAUGGACGUGGACAUGGACCUGGACAUGGACGUGGACAUGGACGUGGACAUGGACGUGGACAUGGACGUGGACAUGGACGUGGACGUGGACAUCGACGUGGACGUGGACGUGGACAUCGACGUGGACGUGGAAUGGACACGUGGACAUAGAUGUGACGUGGACAUGGACGUGGACAUGGACGCGGACAUGGACGUGGACAUGGACGUGGACAUGGACGUGGACAUGGACGUGGACAUGGACGUGGACAUGGACGUGGACAUGGACGUGGACAUGGACGUGGACAUGGACGUGGACAUGGACGUGGACAUGGACGUGGACAUGGACGUGGACGUGGACGUGGACAUGGACGUGGACGUGGACGUGGACAUGGACGUAGACAUGGACGUGGACGUGGACAUGGACGUGGACGUGGACGUGGACAUGGACGUGGACGUGGACGUGGACAUGGAAAUGGACGUGGACAUGGACGUGGACAUGGACGUGGACAUGGACAUGGAUAUGGACGUGGACGUGGACGUGGACGUGGACGUGGACGUGGACGUGGACGUAGACGUGGACGUGGACAUGGACGUGGACGUAGACGUGGACGUGGACGUGGACGUGGACAUGGACGUGGACGUGGACGUGGACGUGGACGUGGACAUGGACGUGGACGUGGACGUGGACAUGGACGUGGACAUGGACAUGGACGUGGACAUGGACGUGGACAUGGACGUGGACAUGGAUAUGGACGUGGACAUGGACGUGGACAUGGACGUGGACAUGGACGUGGACAUGGACAUGGACGUGGACAUGGACGUGGACGUGAACGUGGAGGUGGACAUAGAGGUGGUCGUGGUCGUGGAUGUGGACAUGGUCGUGGACGUGGACAUGGCCGUGGACAUGGUCGUGGACGUGGACAUGGAUGUGGACAUGGUCGUGGACAUGGACGUGGACGUGGACGUGAACGUGGACAUGGACGUGGACAUGGACGUGGACAUGGACGUGGACGUUGACAUGGACGUGGACAUGGACGUGGACAUGGACGUGGACAUGGACGUGGACAUGGACCUGGACAUGGACGUGGACAUGGACGUGGACAUGGACGUGGACAUGGACGUGGACAUGGACGUGGACGUGGACAUCGACGUGGACGUGGACGUGGACAUCGACGUGGACGUGGAAUGGACGUGGACGUGGACGUGGACAUGGACGUGGACGUGGACGUGGACAUGGACGUGGACAUGGACGUGGACGUGGACGUGGACAUGGACGUGGACGUGGACAUGGACAUGGACGUGGACAUGGACAUGGACGUGGACGUGGACAUGGACAUGGACGUGGACAUGGACGUGGACAUGGACGUGGACAUGGACGUGGACAUGGACGUGGACAUGGACGUGGACGAUGGACGUGGACGUGGACGUGGACAUGGACGUGGACGUGGACGUGGACAUGGACGUGGACGUGGACGUGGACAUGGACGUGGACAUGGACGUGGACAUGGACGUGGACAUGGACGUGGACAUGGACGUGGACAUGGACGUUGACAUGGACGUGGACGUGGACGUGGACAUGGACGUGGACAUGGACGUGGACAUGGACGUGGACAUGGACGUGGACAUGGACGUGGACGUGGACGUAGACGUGGACAUAGAUGUGGUCGUGGUCGUGGACAUGGUCGUGGACGUGGACAUGGACAUGGUCGUGGUCGUGGACGUGGACAUGGACGUGGUCGUGGUCGUGGACAUGGACGUGGACGUGGACGUGAACGUGGACAUGGACGUGGACAUGGACGUGGACAUGGACGUGGACAUGGACGUGGACAUGGACGUGGACGUGGACGUGGACAUGGAUAUGGACGUGGACAUGGAAGUGGACAUGGACAUGGACAUGGACAUGGACGUGGACAUGGACGUGGACAUGGACGUGGACAUGGACGUGGACAUGGACGUGGACGUGGACGUGGACGUGGACAUGGACGUGGACGUGGACAUGGACGUGGACAUGGACGUGGACAUGGACGUGGACGUGGACGUGGACAUGGACGUGGACGUGGACAUCGACAUGGACGUGGACAUCGACGUGGGCAUGGACGUGGACAUGGACAUGGACGUGGACAUGGACGUGGACAUGGACGUGGAUAUAGAGGUGGUCGUGGUCGUGGACGUGGACAUGGUCGUGGACGUGGACAUGGACGUGGACAUGGUCGUGGACAUGGACUUGGACGUGAACGUGGACAUGGACGUGGACAUGGACGUAGACAUGGACGUGGACAUGGACGUGGACAUGGACGUGGACAUGGACGUGGACAUGGACGUGGACAUCGACGUUGACAUGGACGUGGACGUGGACGUGGACAUGGACGUGGACGUGGACAUGGACGUGGACAUGGACGUGGACAUGGACGUGGACAUGGACGUGGACAUGGACGUGGACAUGGACGUGGACAUGGACGUGGACAUGGACGUGGACAUGGACGUGGACGUGGACGUGGACGUGGACGUCGACGUGGACGUGGACGUGGAAUAG